AUGUGAAAAUUGAUUUUUUUUCAUCUUUUUUAAUCAAGUAAUAAGUUGUUUUUUUUUAGUCAAGUAAUAAUUGUUAAAAAUAACAAUCGCGAUUAAUGUGAAAAUCGAUUUUUUUUUUUUCAUGAUUUGUCUUGAGUGGCUAGACAGGACAUUUUAAGAAUAUAAUAAAAAUAAAAAUAUUUAUUGUAUUUUUUUAAUCAAGUAAGAAUCGUUACAAAUAACAGUCGAGAUGAAUGUGAAAAUCGAUUUUUUUUUUUAAAUCAAGUAAGAAUCGUUACAAAUAAUCGCGAUGAAUGUGAAAAUUGAUUUUUUUUUUUUUUUUGUCUGAGUGGCUGGACAGGACAUUUUUGAAAUAUAAUAAAAAAUUAAAAAGUGCUUUUUAAUUUUUUUUAAAUCAAGUAAGAAUCUUUACACAUAACAAUUGCGAUGAAUGGGAAAAUAUAUAUAUAUAUUUUUUUAAAUCAAGUAAGAAUCGUUACGAAUAAUCGCGAUUAAUUUGAAAAUUGAUUUUUUUUUUUUCGUCAAGUAAGAAUCGUUACAAAUAACAAUCGCGAUUAAUGUGAAUAUCGAUUUUUUUUUUUUCAUGAUUUCUCUUGAGUGGCUAGACAGGACAUUUUAAAAAUAUAAUAAAACAUUUUUAAAAAAUGUUUUAUUUUUAUUUUUUAAAUCAAGUAAGAAUCGUUACAAAUAACAGUCGAGAUGAAUGUGAAAAUCGAUUUUUUUUUUAAUCAAGUAAGAAUUGUUACAAAUAAUCGCGAUUAAUGUGAAAAUCGAUAUUUUUUUGUAGUUUUUUUUGAACAGCCCUACUUAUUUGUAUUUCACUUUUUAAGUAUUAAUUUUUGAAUCAACUAAUCGAUGAUCAAUUGAAUGGUUACCCCUAAGAAUGUUUGUGAGUUUAGUGGCAGUCUAGGAAAAUUAUGUCAACUGUUUUAACUUGAGGAAGUCUUGUCAGAAUAUUCAGAUUUUAUUAUUUUAUCCUGUUUGGGGCCCCGGGACACCAAAGACGGGGCCAUGACCUCAACCUUUCCCACAAAACGUGGAAGCUCGCCCCUAAAAGGAGUCGCGUUUAUCCCGCAGGUAUUUUAGGACAGGUGUGUCCCAAUACUUGUGUCCAGGUGGUGAAGUGUGGAACUCUAAUUGCUCUGACAUUUAUUUCCUCCUGAGAGCGGGAGCCUCUCCACGCUCUUGACAUUUGGCUCCCCGCUGUGCGUGUGUGUGUGUGUAUGUAUGUAUGUGUGUGUGUGUGUGCGUGUGCGUGUGUGUGUGUGUGUGUGUGUGUGUGUGUGUGUGUGUGUGUUGUCAGUGCAUCAAAGUACUGUGCGUUGUCCAUGAGCACUUGUUGAGUGGCGUGUGCUACCUGAGCUGCUUUCUUGUAUUAUAUUUGCAUGUCAACUGUGAUUGGUAGCUAGCUACUUAUAGCUUUUUUCUUUUGUAAGAAAAACAUGGAGGAAAAAAAAAACUGUGUUUUUUUUUUUUCCCGGUUGACUUAUUUCAGGGUUGGGGGAUCAGAUUGUGCGCGGUCCUUCCUCCACGUCCUCCGAGGUCCGAUGAAUGUCUUCUAAUUUAUUCCCGCUUUGCCAAAAUGAAGAGUGCAAGCAUGACGGAGGUGUUUGUGGCAAGGAAGGACGGACUCGACGCCUACCUGGGACAACAAAGUCCUGCUUGGUCCUGCAGGGAUGAGUAGGACUGGUGCGGAUACGGUUUUUUCCCCUCCUAGCAGUGCGUCACUUGUCAUUCACCGUAAUGGGCAGGUGCACAUCUGACCUGGGAUCAGUUAUUAUGGGCAGGUGCACAUCUGACCUGAGAUCACUUCUUGUAGGCAGGUGCACACCUGACCUGGAAUCAGUUCUUGUGGGCAGGUGCACAUCUGACCUGGGAUCAGUUAUGGGCAUGUCCACAUCUGACCUGGGAUCAGUUCUUGUGGGCAGGUGCACAUCUGACCUUGGAUCAGUUCUUGUGGACAGGUGCACACCUGACCUGGGAUCAGUUAUUGUGGGCUGGUGCACAUCUGACCUGAGAUCAGUUCUUGUAGGCAGCUACACAUCUGACCUGAGAUCAGUUAUUAUGGGCAGGUGCACAUCUGACCUGGGAUCAGUUCUUAUGGGCAGGUGCACAUCAGUUCUUGUGGGCAGGUGCACAUCUGACCUGAGAUCAGUUCCUGUGGACAUGUCCACAUCUGACCUGGGAUCAGUUAUUAUGGGCAUGUCCACAUCUGACCUGGGAUCAGUUCUUGUGGGCUGGUGCACAUCUGACCUGGGAUCAGUUCUUUUUGGCAUGUGCACACCUGACCUGGGAUCAGUUCUUGUUGGCAUGUCUACAUCUGACCUGGAAUCAGUUCUUGUGGGCAUGUCCAAAUCUGACCUCGGAUCAGUUAUUAUGGGCAGGUGCACAUCUGACCUGGGAUCAGUUGUUAUGGGCAUGUCCACAUCUGACCUGGGAUCAGUUCUUGUGGGCAGGUGCACAUCUGACCUUGGAUCAGUUAUUGUGGGCAGGUGCACAUCUGACCAGGGAUCAGUUCUUGUGGGCAGGUGAACAUCUGACCUAGGAUCAGUUCUUGUGGGUGGUGCAUACCUGACCUGGGAUCAUUCUUGUUGGCAUGUCCACAUCUGACCUGGGAUCAGUUCUUGUAGGCAGCUACACAUCUGACCUGAGAUCAUUCUUGUUGGCAUGUCCACAUCUGACCUGGGAUCAGUUCUUGUAGGCAUGUCCACAUCUGACCUGGGAUCAGUUCUUGUAGGCAGCUACACAUCAGACCUGAGAUCAGUUAUUAUGGGCAGGUGCACAUUUGACCUGGGAUCAGUUAUUAUGGGCAUGUCCACAUCUGACCUGGGAUCAGUUAUUAUGGGCAUGUCCACAUCUGACCUGGGAUCAGUUAUUGUGGGCAUGUCCACAUCUGACUUGAGAUCAGUUCUUGUGGGCAGGUGCACAUAUGACCUGGGAUCAGUUCUUGUGGGCAGGUGCACAUAUGACCUGGGAUCAGUUCUUCUGGGCUGGUCCAAUCCUCUUGACUUGAGUGUAUA